AUGUCCGGGCCGAACCUUCACCAUGCUCUCCUGCGACCGCCAAUCAUUCAGAUCCUGCGCGCUGCAGGCUUCCAUUCCACGCGACCGUCUGUUCUUGACACCGUCGUAGAUAUCGCUGCUCGAUAUCUAAUGCUGCUCGGCUCCUCUGCAGCCGCUCAUGCCUUGAACAGCCACCCAGACGACCCAGCGCCCAACCUGGAUGACAUCCGCCUCGCCUUGCAAGAUGCUGGUGCGCUACGACCGCAGAUGAGGGAUACAGAAGAGACAUGGCGAGGGGAAGAAGAUCUACGAGGCCUCGAGGCGUUUCUCAGCUGGUUUAUGGGACCGGCGAAUCGCGAGAUUCGACGCAUCGCGGGAUUUGUGCCCAGUGAAGGCGACGUGAUCGACGCCGAUUCUCUCGAGAAGGAGGACUACCUGACGGCGCUGAAGAAGAAACACAGCAAGACAGGCGAGGAGUCGCGGUAUGCGGGGACCGUCCUGGGGAAGGACGCCGACCCGCAUCCUAUCAUCAUUGAAGGCGGUGCAGCUACCAGCAUUCGAGAAUGGGGCAUGCAGAUCAGGGCACGGGAGCCUUCCACGGAGAGUGUGUCGUCCGCCAUAAGCAGUGUACCGAGCAGUCUUUCCGAUGCAGAAGGCAUGGAGAUAUGA